AUGUUAAAUAAACUAAUACUAUUAUUAAUUCUAUCAAGUUGUUUGGUACUAUCAGUUAAAAGUGAAGUUAAUGUUGAUUGCUCCCUCGUUAGAUGUGCCCAACCAAUAUGUAAACCUCAUUAUAGAUUAAACAUGACCGAUUCUUGUUGUGGUCGUUGUGAACCUUGUACCGAUGUUGCAUGUACUCUUCAAGUCAAAUAUUGUCAAGAUGGUGAAGUUCCAACCGGUUGUUGUCCAUGUACUCUCCCACCAACCAAACCAGAUUGCUCCCUUGUUAAAUGUGCUAGACCAGUAUGUAAACCAUAUUAUAGAUUAAACAUGACCGAUUCUUGUUGUGGUCGUUGUGAACCAUGUACAGGUGUCGCAUGUACUCUUCAAAUCAAAUAUUGUAAAGAUGGUGAAGUUCCAACUGGUUGUUGUCCAUGUACACCUCAACCAACUAAAAAACCAGAUUGUUCAAAAGUUCCAUGUCCAAAGAUUUUAAAAUAUUGCCAAGAAGGUGAACUUCCAACUGGUUGUUGUCCAUGUACACCUCAACCAACUAAAAAACCAGAUUGUUCAAGAGUUCCAUGUCCAAAGAUUUUGAAAUACUGUAAAGAAGGUGAACUUCCAACUGGUUGUUGUCCAUGUACACCUCAACCAACUAAAAAACCAGAUUGUUCUGAUGUAAUGUGUACAAUGGACAUUAGAUAUUGUAAAAAUGGUGAACUUCCAACUGGUUGUUGUCCUUGCACACCUCAAGAAACCAAAGUUCCAGAUUGUUCUAAAGCUAUGUGCACAAUGGAUAUUAAAUAUUGUAAACCAGGUGAAAAACCCUUUGGUUGUUGCCCAUGUCGUGAAAAUUUAACUCAAUAA